UUUUACAUUUCCCCCUACUUUGCUCCUUUUUGUAUCAAUCCAAUUCAAUGGCGGAUGGUAAAGGAAAAAGGGUAAUGACAGUUCUUUAUUGACUCAAAUUUUGGCUCAAAUCACAAAUCAGGCCAUUGUUGCAGACAAAGAGCUACAAAGAGAGAGAAAAUUCAUUCAACCCCCCCACCGUAUUUGGAGGGAGUUUCCAUCUUCGAUUUCUUCAAUUUUUUUUCCCUUCUUUCUUGUAGUCUCUCCAAGUUUAUGUUCAGAUGCUCAUUCUUGAACCGCCAAAGCUUCAAACCCUAAAACUCAUACCAACAUUUUCCUUUCCUUUUCUCUCUUCUUCUUAAUCUCUUCCAGAUCUCUGUUUUUUUCAACUAUUUCUUCCAUAUCCUUUUAUAUGUAACCAUUUUUGUUUUUCUUUGAUUCUUUUCUUCUUCUUUUUCUACUACUUGUUAACAUGUUUGAUUCAUGAAAUGGGAAUGUGGGUGUGAUCAUGCCAUUGUAAAUGGUUUCGAGUUCGUUCUGCAGCUAAUCGGUGCUUUGAGUUCAACUAGCUGAUUGAUAAUGGCGGAAGUUCGAGUCUCUGAUCCCAGUAAGCUCCACUUGAAAAAGGAGCUUACUCAAAUCCGGAAGGCUGCUCGUGUUUUGAGGGAUCCUGGUACUACAUCGUCUUGGAAGUCUCCGCUUAGUUCCUCUAGAUCUGUAAUGGCUGCUACUGCAACUGCGGUAGUGGCCGGAGGAGCGUCUUCUUCUUUGAACAAAAACUUGGAAUGUGAAACCAGGAGGUAUAGUGGUCAAUCCCAACUGGACGCCAUUGUUCCUCUCAGAAACGAAAAUCGGAAUCCUAAGGACAAGAAGAUAUAUCUCUACAACUGGAAGAGCCAUAAAUCAUCAAGCGAAAAGAGUGCAACUCUUCAAAACGAAGAUCAUGAUGGCAACGACGAUAAUAAUGACGGGUCUUACUCAGUUCCGGGGGUCAGUCUUGAUGGUAGCUUGAGUGAUGCUCGAAAUGGAGGUGACUCCAAGAGCGACACCUACUUGGGAGAUCUCUAUUCUUCAAUGGUGUUCAGGUGCGGCGAUGCAAAUCUCGUAUCAUACAGUGGACCGUCUGCCAAACGGACUUCUGCAUUCAAGAAAAAGAGUAAGAAGCAUUGUUCCCACUUAGACGUUUUGUCUAGACACCAACAAAAGGGUCCAGGUCCUCUUAUGGGUAGGAAAUUGCUUGAGGGCCAUCCUUCGUUGUCUAUUAAUUUCAGCCAGGAUGACUCGAUUGAGCAGUCUGAUGAUACUGAAGAUUACUCUAAUUCAGAGGAUUUCAGACGAUACUCUGCAGCUUCCCCUUUACUAUUGAAGCUGAAGCACAAAAGUUUCCACCCAUCUUCUAAGUUUUUGAGAAACAGUCGAAAAGAGGACUCUUCUUAUUCUUAUAGCACCCCAGCAUUGUCUACUAGUUCUUAUAAUAGGUAUGUUAAUCGCAAUCCAAGUACUGUUGGGUCUUGGGAUGGCACCACAACUUCGAUUAACGAUGCAGAUGAUGAGGUCGAUGAUCGGUUGGAUUUUCCUGGUCGUCAGGGAUGUGGUAUUCCUUGCUACUGGUCAAAGAGGACCCCGAAGCAUAGAGGAAUUUGUGGAAGCUGUUGCUCUCCUUCACUUUCUGAUACCUUGAGAAGGAAGGGAAGUAGUAUUUUAUUUGGUAGUCAAUCUAUUUAUUCUAGGCGCAAAUCAAUAAACUCUAGUAAGCGAAGAUUUGCUUCAGGGAGUGCUCGAGGGGUCCUCCCAUUGCUUACAAACAGUGCAGAUGGGGGAGUUGGUUCGUCAAUCGGAACUGGGAGGAGCGAUGAUGAACUGUCUACUAACUUUGGGGAGCUUGAUUUGGAGGCUUUGAGUAGAUUAGAUGGACGAAGAUGGUCAUCUAGUUGUAGGAGCCAUGAAGGGCUAGAAAUUGUUGCUUUAAAUGGGGAAGUAGAGGGUGGAGGUACACCAGAAAGUACUAGAAGUUUCAGUCAGAAGUACAAGCCAAUGUUCUUUAAUGAACUGAUAGGUCAGAAUAUAGUGGUGCAGUCACUUAUAAACGCUAUUUCAAGGGGUCGAAUUGCCCCUGUUUAUCUUUUCCAAGGUCCACGGGGCACUGGAAAAACUGCAGCAGCAAGGAUUUUUGCUGCUGCAUUGAAUUGCUUAGCUCCUGAGGAAAAUAAGCCAUGUGGGUACUGCAGAGAAUGCACUGAUUUCAUGGCUGGCAAACAAAAGGAUCUCUUGGAAGUUGAUGGAACAAACAAGAAGGGAAUUGAUAAAAUUAGAUACCAAUUAAAGUUGCUAUCAUCUGGGCAAUCUUCUGCCUUCUUUAGAUACAAAAUUUUUCUCGUUGAUGAGUGUCAUUUGUUGCCCUCUAAGGCAUGGCUCGCAUUUCUCAAACUUUUUGAAGAACCUCCCCAACGCGUUGUCUUCAUCUUUAUUACUACUGAUCUUGACAGUGUGCCCCGUACCAUUCAAUCAAGGUGUCAGAAGUACCUCUUUAACAAAAUAAAAGAUUGUGACAUGGUGGAAAGACUGAAAAGAAUUUCUGCAGAUGAAAACCUUGAUGUUGAUUUGGAUGCUUUGGACUUAAUAGCUAUGAAUGCUGAUGGUUCACUUAGAGACGCUGAAACUAUGUUGGAACAGUUGAGUUUGUUAGGGAAAAGGAUUACAACAUCCCUGGUUAAUGAACUGGUUGGCAUUGUUUCUGAUGAAAAAUUGCUUGAGCUUUUAGCAUUAGCAAUGUCAUCAAACACUGCCGAAACAGUUAAAAGGGCAAGAGAGUUGAUGGACUCUGGGGUUGAUCCGCUAGUUUUAAUGUCUCAACUUGCGAGCCUAAUUAUGGACAUUAUUGCUGGAACUUACAACAUUAUUGAUACUAAGGAUGGCGCCUCAAUAUUUGGUGGACGCAGUUUGAGCGAAGCAGAAGUAGAAAGAUUAAAACAUGCUCUGAAGUUUCUUUCAGAGGCCGAGAAGCAGUUGAGAGUUUCCAGUGAGCGUUCAACCUGGUUCACAGCAACUCUUUUACAACUUGGUUCCAUUUCUUCUCCAGAUUUCACUCAGACAGGCAGCAGUAGAAGGCAGAGCUGCAAGACAACUGAUGAUGAUCCAUCAAGUACCUCAAAUGGGACAAUUGCCUACAAACAAAAGUCAUUUGCUCAACUUAUGCCUCCAAACUUAGGUUCACCUACAUCUUUGUGCAACCUGAAAAAUGGCAAUUAUAAUAAUCAAGCGGAUAUGGUGCCAAUGGUUGAUAAUUUGAUUUACAACUCAAAGCCCACUCAUAAACAGUUUAUCGAGGGUAAAGACUCAUCUUUUUCACGUGAAGAUGUAACUCUUAGAAAUAUGGUUUUCAGAUCCAAAAACUCAGAAAAGUUAAAUAGCAUCUGGGUGCAUUGUAUUGAAAGAUGCCACUCAAAGACGUUGAGGCAGCUAUUGUAUGCUCAUGGAAAGCUUCUGUCCAUCUCAGAAUCUGAAGGUACCCUUAUUGCUUACGUUGCCUUUGAGGAUGUAGAUAUCAAAUCCAGGGCUGAAAGAUUUUUGAGCAGUAUCACAAAUUCUAUGGAGAUGGUUCUUAGAUGCAAUGUUGAAGUUAGAAUCAUUUUGUUACCAGAUGGUGAGGCUUCUACUGCAGCCAAGUUGUCUGAAGGUGUAGAGCCUGAUAAAGAAAGGAGAACUUCCAACCUUAAUGCAAUGGAGGGCUAUUCUAACCGCUCUUUGAUGUUAGAUGCAACGUAUCAAUCAACCUCUGAUUCAUCACAGCUACCAACUGAAAGCAACCAUCAAAAUGAUGGUUCAAGAGAUAGGAGACAAGAGAUCCCAAUGCAGAGGAUAGAAUCGAUUAUUCGUGAACAACGAUUGGAAACAGCCUGGUUACAGGCCAUGGAAAAAGGCACACCUGGAUCUUUGAGUCGUUUGAAGCCAGAGAAAAAUCAAGUCCUACCUCAAGAUGGUUCAUACUAUAAAGAUCAAAUGGAUGAAAUGAAUUCAACAGAGGACUCCUCACGAAAAUGGGAAGAUGAACUAAAUCGUGAACUUAAAGUGCUGAAGGUUGGCGAUGAUAUACUUGCCCAGAAGGAGCAAGUUGGUAGACGGGCGGACCGCUAUGCCAUUUCCCCAAGUAUACUGCACGAUGGCAGCAUGGUGGGAAAUUCAAACAAGGAUAACCUGGGAUAUGAGUCAAGUUCAGCAGCUGGUGGCUGCAGCGGAUUGUUCUGUUGGAAUAGCAGUAAACCCCAUAAAAGAGCAAAGGUAAGAGCAAACCAUGUUCGGUCGCGCAAUGGACGAUUUUCUCUGUUUGGAGAGUGUGGGAAGUCGAGGAACUCGGGAAGCCGAUUUAGAAGACAAACUCAAUGAUUGCAAUCUCUUUCAAGUCUCAAGAUAUAGUGGUUUUUGUCCUGUGUAAUUUUGUGUUUUUUUUGGUACCAUUCUUUAUAUGGUCAUGGAUGGAGGGAAUUAGUUAAUGUAAAGUUCUCAUUAAUGUGGGUGAAGUUGUUAUAUGUCUAUAAGCCUCAUCCUGAUUUAAUUGAACAAAUAAAUGGUUAGUAAUGAACAUUGGAAUGUGUCUUAUUGGGGGAAGCUUCGGCUCCAAAUUACAAAUCAAGUGCAUUUUCAAUUUCUAAA